AUGAAUAAAGGAUAUUAUAGCGAAGGAAUAGCAGUUGUCGACAGACUCUCUGCCUAUAAGCAUUAUUUUCAAAAUUAUUUAUUUUUCGACAUCAUAACUGCAGGUGCUCUUUAUGCCAAUCAAAGCUAGUCAUAUUAUGCUUUGAUUUUUCUAGUCAGAAUAUUCUAAAUGUAAGAAAUAUUUGAAAAAAUUGAUGAAAAUUUCAUGCUGAGUCAAAAAUUUCCAAUUUAUUUUUAACUGUUUCAGCUGCUUUAUCAAAUUUUACUUGUUGCUCAUAUUUGUGGAUGUGGAUUUCAUUUUGUUGGGUUGUAUUCAGACAAAGACAACAAUUGGAUAGUUAAAAAUCAAUUAGACCAAGCCCCUUUUAUAGAUAAUUAUAUCAGUUCAAUUUAUUUUGCAAUUAUUGCAAUGAUCACUGUGGGUUUUGGAGAUGUUGUUCCCAUAAAUAAAUACGAAAGGGUUUAUGUUAUUUUUUAAACGUGUUUUAGCUGUGGAAUAUUUGCUUUCGCUAUAAAUACAAUAGGGAAUAUUGUAAAAGAAAAAUAGGCACAUACUCAAGAGCUUAAAGCUAACAAGAAUUUAGUACUCACUUACAUGAAGGUGAGAAAUAUUUCCAAAUAAAGUUAAAAUAAAGUUAUUAGAUUCUUAGAAUAUUCACAUAGAAAUUAGAAUGAUAAUCCUUAAAAAGGAAAAUAACUCAUUUAAAAUAUGAGUAAAAGUGUUAGAGACGAAGUAUAUUUCGAGUUUUUUGCCAAGGUCAUCAACUAAAUACCACUUUUUACUAACUACUUCUCAGAAAAAAUUAGGUAAGAAAUUUAAUCCUAAUUUAGCGAAGCAGUUUACGGGCCAGGAGAUUGUAUUCUAAAUCAAGGAAAACCCUCUAAAAAUUUAUAUUUCAUUAUAUCUGGAGAAAUCUAACAAGUCAUAAAACUUAAACAAAACUCCUAUAGCUAACAAUAAAAAUAAAUCAUAGUUUCAAUUUUAAAACAGGGAGACACUUUCGAUAAUGAAAGUUUUAUUGGUAAUACUCCAUGUAAAUAUGAGUAUAUCUCAAAGAAUACUACACAAAUUGCAUAUAUAUAAAAAGAAGUGUUUGAAAACAUCUUAUAAAAUUAUAGAUUAGAUUAUGAAUAAUAUUGUAUGCUUGUUCACACUAUCCGUUUUAAAAAUGAAUGUGCAUUGUUAAAGUAAUGUCAAUCUUGCAAGAAUAAAUUUCAUAGUAUAUUAAAUUGCCCACUACUGCAUUACGAAGUAAACAAAGAAUUGCUUUUAAAACGUUACAUAUGUGAAAUACCUUAAAAAAGAUAAGACUUUGACCGAUAGUAAAAAAAGAGAUCAAAUUUAAAAAACUUUAAAUAAAUGCACAAUCAACUCAGAUUUUUUAGACUCAGAUUGCCAAAAGACUAUGCUUACUAAAGCCAAAAUUAUGAUGAAGAAGAAUAAAUCUAAGAUAUUUAAUAGAAAAACUAGUUUUACUAGCUACUCGAAUAUGAUGACGAUGAAGUUUUUAUAACCUGUUCACCACAAUUAAUUUUCAGUGAAAGCUAAAAUGAUAUAGUAUAUCUUAUUGAUGAAGAGGAAGAAGAAACUGUAAUGCAAGAUAUGAUUGAUGAUAUAGAAAACUCUGGAUUAUUUGAUGAAAACUAAAGUAGCUAGUAAAAUGCUAUAAAAAGAAGAAACGGGUUACUUAUUUCCAAUAAAUCGCAAUAAGAAGAAUAAAUCAAAUAAAAAAAAUCUCAGUAGCCAAAAUUUAAUCGUUCAAAAACCUCUAAAAAAUAGCAAAAUAAAAAAAAAUAACAUAAAAUUUUGAACUUUGCGUUUUCCUCUGAUUUUAAGAAUUAUAACAAAAACAGUGAAUUUGAUAAAUAUGACGACUAAUAUAAUAAAAAUAAAUAGAAUAUGCUGCCUAAUAAAUCUUCUUUUGGCUAACUGAAAUCCAAAUCUUUAACUUCACUAUUCAACGAUUAAGAAGACUCUAUAAUUGAUAGCACAGAUUUUCAAGAAAUUAAAGAUUCAAAUAUAAAUCAGUAAGAUUAAGUAGUUGGUGAUCAAAUUUAUUCAAAAACUGAUAUUCAAAAAAGCUAUGCUAAUAAUACUGUCAAGAAAAAAUAACAUGAAUUUUGUGAUGAAAAAAAAUUAAGCAUUUAAACAUAAACACAAACUUUGAAUAUCGAAGAUUCUUAAAAAACACAAUAUAUGUAAUAAUAAUAAUAGAACAUGUAACAAAGUUUACCGAUACAUAAAGUGACUUCUGAAUUUUAGAUUCCUUCAAAUUAGCAAAUUUAAACUGGAUAUGUGGGAACAGUAGAGACAGAAAGAAUUUUUUCUUACUAAAAUAUAUAAAACUAAUAAUACUCAAUGUGCUUAUCUCCACUCCUUGAAGAUUAAUUAAUUAAAAGUAAGCCCUAAAAUAGUAUGAACUAAUUGCCAAAAGUUUAAAUAAAUAAAAAUAGUCCUUAAUUCCACCUUAAAAAUGUAAAUAAUUAACAAACUCAAAUAAAUUAACAGAAUUAAGCUAUUUAAAGUUAGACAAAUAAUCCCCAUUUAUUAAAUCUUAAAAAUCCAUAAAUUUCUCCAAAAAGAAACUCUCUUAGUGUUAUUUAGGGAUAAUAAAAUAUUAAUACAACAAUUAAUAGUUUACCAUCAUCUUUAAAUUAAAAAAAUUAGUCUAGACUCUCAGUUUUAAAUGAGUUGAAUCCUCAUUAAGGUUCAAGUAGUAUUUCUAAUAGCUAAAUAAAAGAACUUUCAUAAUACUCGAAACGUAGCUCUUAAUAAUAUAAACCAGGUUUAUAAUACCAAUAGUAACAAUCUUUAAAUGGAGUUUUCCAGGGUCAGCAACCAUCAUAAACUUUUAUUGGAAAUUAAAAUUAAACUCAUAAUUAAUUCCAAAGCUUGGCUAUGUUAAUGUCAAGGCAAUUUUCUAAUUUUUCAUAAUCAAAUAAAACAAAAAAGGGUAAUAAAUUACAAACGAAAUUAAAUUCUUUAAUGAGCUAAACUAAAAAUGAGGAAAAUCAAAACUACUAGUAAAAAUUAAAUAAAGAAUCAUUAAAUGAAUAAAGCAAUUGUGAUGAAAAUAUAUAAGAAGAUGAUAAAUUUGAAACACUAUUUCUGAUUCCCUAAUUCGAAAAUCUAUUAAAAUUAGUAGAAAACCAAGGAAAAAGCUUGCAAGCUAUAAUUUAACUAAGAAAGGAAGACCUAGGAAUAAAAGAAAGCUAGAUUUAGAAAUAUCUCCAUAACACCUCUAGCAAUCUUUAGAGUUAAAAUUAUAAACAAACUAAAAAGAAAGUGUUAUUGAAUAAUUUAUUAAAACCAGCUAAUUAAAAUGAAUAAAUACUUACUUAUCUUCUUGGUUAGCUUAAACAGUGUAUAAAAAUAAUAAACUUUUAUACAUAUUUUUAAUAUGCAAAUUUAUUAUAAUACAAUUAAUUAUAUUUAGUUAAUUAUUUAAAUUAUUAUCUUUUUCAUUAAUUAUUUUAAAUUAAUUAAAAAAUAUCAAAAAUAAAAUAAAUUUAACUUGAAAAUCAAGGAAUUUUAAUAAAUUUCCAAACUAAAUUUAUUGAGUGA